ACUUAAAUUGUUCCGCACGAUUCACGCCCCACUCCCGUUGCCGGGAGAUGCAGGUAGAGCACAAAACCGACUACGCAAAGUGCGUAAAUCGUGGCGGUGGUCUGUUCAUUCAUAAUAGUGGAGAAGGCUGUGGAAUCGGGGCGGUGGAAUCAGAGUGGAAAAUCAACGAGGCAAAAUGUCGAAACGGAGAAUCACACAGGAAACUUUUGAUGCAGCAGUCAAGGAAAACAUGGAGGAGUUUGAGAUGGAUCCUGACGAAGCUUUGAGGGAGGCUGUGGAGCAGUUUGAGUCUCAAGGUGUGGAUCUCAGUUGUAUAGUAAAAUCUGUACCAGCUGCACCAUCCGAUGAGAAACAGGAAGAGCAAACACACGAGGUCUUACAGGCUUUGGAUGCUCUCCGAAUUGGAAAAGACUCUGCCGGUGUCAUGGAGGUGACGGCGGACAUAAAAUGCUUCACUGAGCAGUGCUUACUUGGAUUUGCCCAGAGGUACCUGGCUGCCCAAAAAGACGCCUACCCCGUCAUCCUGUCCUACUGCAAAAAGAGCAUGGAGCAGCAGGAGGCUGUGUUGGCUGCUCUAUCUGCUCUGGCUGCGCUGACAGAUGGACAGCCGGAUCUGUUGGAUGCUGAGGGCCAGCAGUUCCUCUUGGAUGUCCUCAAGAAGUACCAGGCGGAUUCCUCUGUGACAUGUGUCGCCAUCUGCACUGUACGUCACUGCUGUUUGAAACAUGAACAGAACAGGCAGGAUUUGGUAAAAGGUGGAGUCUUGCCCCUGCUGACCGCUGCCAUUACACAACACAGUGGGACUGCUGAGCUGGUGAAGGAGGCCUCUGUAGCUCUCAGGGUCUUGACCUUUGACGAUGAUGUAAGAGUUACAUUUGGGCAUGCUCACGAACACGCCAAGAGUAUUGUUCUUGAGCACAAUGGACUGAAGGUCUUAAUUGAAGCUGCGAAAGCUCACCUUGAUAAUAUUUCUGUUCUGAGUGAGCUCUGUGCAACGUUGUCCCGUCUGGCUGUAAGGAACGAGUUCUGUCAAGACAUCUGUGAUUUGGGAGGAUUAAAACUCAUGAUGACGUUGCUUGCAGACUGUUAUGAGUCAGCGGAGUUGGUUCGGCAGGUCCUAAGUGCAAUACGAGCCGUAGCAGGAAAUGAUGAUGUGAAAGACGCUGUUGUUAAUGCUGGUGGAGUCCAGCUCAUUGUCAUUGCCAUGAACAGACACAUGAGCAACUCUGCUGUGUGUGAGAACGGCUGUGCGUGCCUCUCCGUCCUCGCUUUGCGUAAACCCAACAAUUGCAAAGUCAUCAUGGAAAAUGGAGGUGCCCUGGCUGCUGUGCAGGCUAUGAAGACACAUCCUGAUGCGGUUAAUGUGCAGAAACAGGCAUGUAUGCUGUUGAGGAACCUUGUUGCACGUAUGCGCAACUACAGCCAACCAAUCCUGGAGAUGGGAGCAGAGGCCCUGAUAGCUCAGGCACUGAAGACCCAUCAAGACUGUGGUGAUGUGGGUAAAGCGGCUCUCAGAGAUCUGGGGUGCCAGGUGGAGCUUCGAGAACUGUGGACUGGCAAACAUGGCAGCCUCACCAACUGAAAGUAGAGGAGAGCUUCACUGAAGACCAUACGCCCCUUGAAUUGAUGAAUUUGCCUGAAAAUACAGCUGCAGGAAGGUGACAGGUGUACACAGCCAGAAGCUAAAGCAGAUGCAUCUACUUAGCUAGACAUAUUUGUUCAGAGUAGUCGUUUGUGCAGUGCAAACAACCAAACCACCAAUUCCACACAAUGCCUCUAACAGGUUGAAAAUACUUUCCAGCCUUUUUCCUGUUUUUGACAAGUAGAAAAACGUCAUUGUAGUCCUGUUGUACAUGUUUUAUUUGCUAUUAAUAUUUUCUUAAUAAUUUUUUUAGGUUGGAUUUUAUAUCUGUAACAUAUUUAUGUUAAUGCAAUGUGAAAUGUAAAUUUGCAGCAUGGGUGAAUAUUUGCUGCUAUGCAAAUAUUUCAGUUGCACUGUUUUGUGCAGUUUACUUAACUAAACAUUUCCUUUAUUUUCUUAUUUGUUUAUGCCUUAUUACAGUGUAAAACUGAAUUCUCUUAUAUUUAGACCAACCACUGACAACAUUAUAUAUACUCUGCAUGACUAUGGUAAAACUCACUUUUGGUGCAUCACCUUUAUCUUGCUGUGUGGCCGUAUGUGUAUCAUUAUUCACUGUGUUUGGUGAAUCUGAGGCUACAUUUUAAAGGCUAAUUUAACCUCCA